AUCCAUCCAUCCAUCUUACAAGCGAAACCUGACAUUUCGAGCAAGCCCUUUCUUUUCAUUAGUAACAGGCAAUUUAGGUGCUUUUUAUAUAAAACUCAUUUACCAUAUUUACCUACAUUAGGUGUACACAUAUUUCAACACUCAUUCUAAAUUAAAUAAAGAGGAACCAAAUUACACCUCGAUAAUACCAGGUAUAUAAGGUAUAUAUAUAUAAGAGAAACGGGGAGGAUUCCUUAUUGCAGGGAUUCCUUUUUUUUUUGGAGAAAGUCGGCAUCGUGCAUGUUCUGACUGUUCUGGGUGUCAAAAUCGACCAUCACGUGGGCUCUGUAAGACAUAUUGGUCUCGAACCGCUUUUGGGGAGGGUGAAAAUAGAACCAUCGAUGUUUAUUUUUUGGGAAGGAGAGGAAUAUCUCAUCAGGGCGACUCUUUGUUAUUACCUAGGUAUCUACCUAAGGUAAUUACCUACCUACCAUUACGACUACUACUACCUACUUCUACUUCCGAGGUUUCCUACCGGAUCUUACGGAUCGGAUGAAUGGGUUGGUUGUAUAGGAGGUAACCUAGGUAGGUAGUAACCAGCUUCCACCACCAUGAGAUUCCCGUUCCUACGCUCCAGACGCCCGGACUCCGUCCACGACUACGUCGGCGUGCUGGUCCCGCUCGAGGAGGCGCAUCUGUACAGCCACUCGGCUCGGUGCGGGAGAAGCGAGUUCGAGGAGCUCGGCUCCGAUGACGGCGUUGGCGUUGGCGAGCAGCCCCAAGCCGACGCCGAGGCGGCAGGCGGCGAACGCCUGCCGAAGAAUGAUGACGACAACGAGCAUACCGGCAUGUUGCAGAUGAGCGCUGCCGAGUAUACCAUCGAAGGCUUGAGGAGGGAGGUGCGCGAGGGCCAGAGACGACGACGCUGGUCCGAGUACGAACUGAAGUCGAAGCUUAUUAAUAAAGCUAUCCAAGAUAUCGGCAUGGGUCGGUAUAACUGGCAGCUAUUUGUCUUGUGUGGGUUUGGGUGGUUUGCGGAUAAUUUAUGGAUGCAAGGUGUCUCUCUGACUCUCCCUUCUCUUUCCGAAGAGUUCGGCGUCUCGGAGAAGCAGGUCAGGUAUACCACCAGCUCUCUCUUCGUAGGGCUUUGCCUGGGCAGCUUUUUCUGGGGGCUCGGAUCCGACAUAAUGGGUAGGCGCGUCGCCUUUAAUUUCACUUUGCUGAUUACAAGCAUUUUCGGCAUCUGGACCGCGUAUGCUUCGAGUUGGGUCUCUGUCUGCAUCUUGUUCGCGUGUCUGGGUACCGGAGUUGGAGGGAACCUGCCGGUCGACGGUGCGCUUUUUCUAGAGAUCCUCCCGGAUUCCUCGAGCGCCUUGUUAACUCUCCUGUCGGUAUGGUGGCCCGUAGGUCAGCUUGUGUCGUCGAUUUUCGCCUGGUAUUUCAUCACGAAUUGGCCCGCCGCGGAGGGAUGGCGUAACUUCGUUAUGACGAUCGGCAUAAUCACGUUUAUCAUGUUUCUGAUUCGAUUUGGGAUGUUCCAUUUGUUCGAGUCGCCCAAGUAUCUCCUGUCUCAGGGACGACAAGCCGAGGCUGUUGCUGUCGUACAUGGCAUUGCUUACCGGAACGACAAGAAGACCUGGCUCACCGAGGAGAUCCUCGAUGCCGUCGCCGAUAUGGAGGGGACCGAACGAAUGCCAACUAGGGUCUCGGCUACUAAUAUUAUCAAACAAAACCUCAUGUCCUUUUCGAUCGAUCGCAUACGGCCUCUCUUCCAGACCCGCAAGCUCGGCACAGCAACAGCCCUGAUAUGGUUUUGCUGGAGCACCAUCGGCUUAGGUUACCCACUGUUCAAUGCCUUUCUUCCGCAAUACCUCUCGCACGGCGGUUCGGACGCACCGGCCAACGGCGAGGCCGUAGGGAUAAGCAACGCCACACCAGCGGAAACAUAUCGCAAUUAUGCCAUAAUAUCGAUUGUCGGGGUACCCGGCAGCCUUCUGGCCGCGUAUACCGUCGACCACAAGUCGCCGUUCCUAGGGCGGAAGGGCACGCUCGCCAUCUCCACGCUGGUGUCCGCCAUCUUCCUCUUCUUUUUCGUCACUUUCGGCAGGACGCCCAACUCGCAGCUCUUCUUCACCUGCGUCGAGGCCUUCUGCCAGAACAUCAUGUACGGCGUGCUCUACGCCUUCACCCCCGAGAUCUUCCCCGCGCCCGUGAGAGGCGCCGGCACGGGCGUGGCUAGCUUUUUGAAUCGCGUUACGGGACUCGUCGCGCCGGUCCUCGCCGCUAACAUGCCGGGGGACGGCACCAAGACCCCUAUUUACAUGUCGGCGGUGUUGAUCCUGGCUGCUUUCGUAGGCAUGGUAUUGAUUCCUAUCGAGACUAGGGGCAGGCAAAGGCUCUGAAUUCGUUGUAUAUAUAUUCGGUACCUCCUAGCAAAUUCUUUAUCAGGAGCAACUCCUCUAUAGUAGUGAUAUAUGUACCUACCUACCUAAUACUAGAAUGUUCAAAUACGUAUAAGGGUUCAAUCAUUACGCUACGACUUUAGAUAAAAGGUAGUGACCGCGAUAUCAAUAAAAAAGCCAUCAGAACUAAAAAUCUAAUUUGAUCAAACAAAAUGUAAUAUUGAAAAAUUGCUACCGAAACAAAGUCCUAACAUAGGCUACCUACCUACCUAGGUACCUAGGUAGAUAACCUACCCAUUCACCUAUUCCCCUUAGCCCCCGCGGGCGCAUCCACCCUCCUCUUCUGGAACGACC